AGAGCCGCGGCGCUGCGGGCGGGGCGGGCGGCGCGGCCGGCAUGGAGUGCGGCGUCUCGGCGGCCGGCGCGCGCGCGCCCUUCCACGCGCACGCGCACGCCGCGCUGUCGCCCACGGAGCGCUCGCCCGCCAAGUCGGGCCUGCACGUCAACUUCAGCGACAAGGGCGAGGUGAAGGAACGUCGCGAGAAAUUUCUCACUGCCAAGUACGGUAGCCACCAGAUGGCCCUGAUCCGGAAGCGGCUGGCCGUCGAGAUGUGGCUCUACGACGAGCUCCAGAAGCUUUACGACCCUGCCGCGACGGGGGCGAGCAGCGGCGGGGGCGCAGGCGCCGGCGCCACGACGACGCAGGAGGUGGAGGUGGACAUCGACGAGUUACUCGACAUGGACGGCGAUGAGCUGCGGCGCACGCACCUCACGUCAUUAUUAGCCGACGCCAAAAAGCCCCAGAAAGAUGUGCAUAAAUUCAUCAACGAAUUGUUAGAGAAGGCAAAAACUUUAUAAACUUUAGUGGUUUAUAAAUAAUCCCGAAGACGAAACAAGAAACGCCGGCGACGCCAACGUGCUGACGUUGGUGCUGACCAAAGCGACCGUAACAUCGGGAGCCCGCGCUGUGCCAACAAUAUGCUUAGCGCCCGCGCCCGUCCUCAUGCUGUGUCGACUGAACCGUGUGCUUGUACAGACGCCCGCGCCGCGCAGUUCCUACGCGAGACCGAGAUUUGGUUAGCAGUCCAGUGUCCUCGGUUUAAGGCACUCAUAGGAUAAUUAUUUAAUGUCUAAGGUAGUCUGGUCUAAGAAGACGCAUCCGACAAGAGUACGCAAUUUUGAUUGCCGCGAAGUUUGUUUACAAUACGCAAUUAAUUUCAGUGUCAUUUUGUAGUGCUAGGAAGUGGAGAUUGUUGUGCGGAAAAUAUUGCAAAAAUAUUGCAAACUAAAAAUCUGCUUUAGUCCGAACAUUUCUAUGUAUUUGAUAUUUAUAACGUUUUGAUAUUUGCAAAUUGUCACAGAGACUAAAUUAAACAUAUACUUUGAAAACUAACUUUGUACCAAAUCGUUCAAAAACUUAUGUCUAUAGGUGAAACUGCAAAGGAUUCUGGUCACUUGCAACUUAUGGGGUUGUGUGAAGUGUGUAAGAGUACGCAACUAGAUGUAUUGCAAGAGUCCGCGUCUAACUAUUUGUCUAAAAUACCAAAUUAUUACAAAAAGUAGGACCAAACACGAGACAAAAGAUACCAAAUAUGUCAUUACCAGAAAGAUAUGGAGGUGCCCAGGGUGCCAAGAUAUUUACAAAGAGCCUAAUGUAUACACGCGAACAUUGAACUUACUUCGCACGACACUUUGUAAGAGUCAGUAGUAGUACCUAAAUAAAACAAUUGUUGAUUUUGUAACACUUUUUGUUUUCAUUCUUCCCCGUCUCAAACCUAAGUUAAGUGCGUCUUCUUAGACAAGGCUACUCUAUACAACAGAAAUGAGUUAUAAUAGUUUUUACGUAAUGGUUAAAAAGAUACCUACUAUACCUACUUAGUUAAGUAAUGGACAACGAAAAGGGCGCGUCGUCGUCGCCGAUCGGUGGUGGGACGCCGCGGAGCGCAGCGCCGCCGCCUUCGCUCGCCCUCUCCGAGGUGUUGGAACGCUCGCCGAAUUAUGGGCUGUGUUAAUCAAAUAGACGCAUAGGUGUUGAAUCCUAUCCCAAAAAGUUGUUGGACUUAUUUUAUUUAAGACGUGCAUAGACGUAAUUCAAACUGUAUCAUUUCAUAUCAAUGUACACUUUUUAAUAAUGAAAUUUUGCUACGUCUUCGUAUGUAAGUACAUAAUACAUAUCGAUACACAGGACUUUACAUAAAAUAUGUGUCAUAUUCUAGAUGAUGCUUAUAAAUAAUACUGCCCUCCUUUUCUUAUCGUGAUUAACGCAAUCGAAAUGUUAGCGAAAUUCAGUUAUUAACAUAACUGGGAUCACCGCAACGAGAUCUACAUACAACCUCCUCUGCGGUUUUUUAAUAUCUUGUUGAGUUUUAUUGUUAAGCAAAAUGAGUGUAAUUAACCAUUUUUAGGUGACAAUAAAACUUUAGGUGGCAAUAUCUCGAAACUCAC